GCCACCGGCGUCCGUGGCAGUGUGAGUGAGGGGUGAAUGGCUCAGAGAGUCCGCGGUGGAAAGCGACCUGAUCACUGCUCCGGAGCCGAGGAUCACACGCAGCAGCGCGCGGUGCGUAAAAGCUCUCCACGGUGCGGGACGCGCGGGGGACGACAUCCACUCUCCGACGCGGGGCUUUUUUGGUUUUAUUUUGUGCGUGUGUGUUUGCGUGUGAACAACGAGGAUAUCUGAACUGGACAUGUGAGUUCCUGGAGUUUACAAGACAAGCAGCCUUUAUCCAAACAUGAAGUUCGUCGCCUGCGUCCUCGUCGCGCUGCUGUUGGUCCGAGCGAGUGCGGCACAGUCAGUUUGCCCCGGCACGGAGAACAAGCUCAGCACUCUGUCAGACCUGGACCAGCAGUACCGCACCCUGAAGAAGCUCUACGAGAACUGUGAGGUGGUGAUGGGCAACCUGGAGAUCACCAGCAUCGAUCGGAACCGCAACCUCUCCUUCCUCAAGUCGAUCCGGGAGGUGACGGGCUACGUGCUGGUGGCUCUGAACCAGUUCGACUACCUGCCGCUGGAGAACCUGCGCAUCGUCCGGGGCACCAAGCUCUACGAGGGCCGCUACUCCCUCGCCAUCUUCCUGAACUACCGGCGGGACGGGUACUACGGCCUGAGGCAGCUGGGCCUCCGCAACCUCACAGAGAUCCUGAACGGGGGUGUUUACGUGGACCAGAACAAAUUCCUGUGCCACGCCGACACCAUCCACUGGCGUGACAUUAUCAAGAACCCCCAGGCCGAGCUGCUGGUGGUUCCCUCCAACAACAGCAACCUGGGAUGCAGACGCUGUCAUCGCUCGUGUAACGGACGCUGCUGGGGGCAUCAGGAAGACCAGUGUCAGACCCUGACGAAGACGGUGUGUGCCGAGCAGUGUGACGGUCGCUGCUUCGGGCCGUACGUCAGCGACUGCUGCCACCGCGAGUGUGCCGGCGGCUGCUCGGGUCCCAAGGACACCGACUGCUUCGCCUGCACCAACUUCAACGACAGCGGGGCGUGUGUGACCCAGUGUCCUCAGCCCUUUGUGUACAACCCCACGUCCUUCCAGUUGGAGCACAACCCCCGAGCCAGGUACACGUACGGAGCCUUCUGCGUCAAGAAGUGUCCACAUAACUUCGUGGUGGACCACAGCUCCUGUGUCCGAGCAUGUCCCAGCAACAAGAUGGAGGUGGAGGAGAACCGCAUCAAGAUGUGCAUCCCCUGCACAGACAUCUGUCCCAAAGUGUGCGACGGCAUCGGGACGGGCAGCCUGCAGACGGCUCAGACCGUGGACGCCAGCAACAUCCAUCUGUUCGUCAACUGCACCAAGAUCAACGGGAACCUCAUCUUCCUCAUCACCGGCAUUAAAGGGGACAUGUAUCACGGUAUCGGACCUUUGGACCCUGAACGCCUCAACGCGUUCCGCACAGUGAAAGAGAUCACAGGUUUCCUGAACAUCCAGUCGUGGCCGGAGAACAUGACGGAUCUGAGUGUUUUCUCCAGCCUGGCGACCAUCGGAGGCCGAGCUCUCUACAGUGGAAGUGGUAUUUCUCUGCUGAUCCUGAAGCAGCGCUGGAUCUCCUCCCUCCAGUUCCAGUCGCUGGACGAGAUCAGCGCCGGGAACGUUUACAUCUUCAACAACAGCCGCUUGUGUUUCUACAACACGGUGAACUGGACGUCUCUCUUCAGGACGCCGAGCCAGAAGGUUCUGAUCCGCAACAACCGGGAUCCAAAAGAGUGCUCUCAGCAGCGGAUGGUGUGUGACGGCAUGUGUUCGGACGCCGGCUGCUGGGGCCCGGGGCCGGACCAGUGUCUCUCCUGUCGGUUCUUCAGACGAGGGCGCACCUGCGUGGAGUCCUGCAGCCUCUUCGACGGGGAAGUGCGGGAGUUCUCCAAUGGAUCCGUGUGUCUGGAGUGUGACAGCCAGUGUGAGCAGAUGGAUGGGAACGCCAUGACGUGUCUGGGACAGGGCCCGGACCAGUGCGUGAAAUGUCUCCACUUCAAAGAUGGACCCAACUGCGUGGAGAAGUGCCCCGACGGGCUGCAGGGAGCCAACAGUUUCAUCUUCAAAUACGCCAAGGCCAACAAUGAGUGUCAUCCCUGCCACGCCAACUGCACCCAGGGGUGCAUCGGACACAGACUCCAGGACUGUGUGGGGAUGAUGGACAGGACGCCGCUCAUAGCAGCCGGCAUCAUCGGGGGUCUGUUCAUCAUCGUCAUCCUGGGCCUCAGCGUCGCCGUGUACGUCCGCCGCAAGAGCAUCAAGAAGAAGAGGGCCUUGAGGCGCUUCCUGGAGACGGAGCUGGUGGAGCCCCUGACCCCCAGUGGAACGGCCCCUAACCAGGCUCAGCUGAGGAUCCUAAAGGAGACGGAGCUGAAGAAGGUCAAGAUCCUGGGAUCAGGAGCAUUUGGGACCGUCUACAAGGGCAUCUGGGUCCCAGAGGGCGAGACGGUGAAAAUCCCCGUGGCCAUCAAAAUCCUCAACGAGACCACGGGACCUAAAGCCAACGUGGAGUUCAUGGACGCCCUGAUCAUGGCCAGCAUGGAGCACCCCCACCUGGUGCGUCUGCUGGGCGUCUGCCUGAGCCCCACCAUCCAGCUGGUCACCCAGCUCAUGCCCCACGGCUGCCUGCUCGACUACGUGCACGAGCACAAGGACAACAUCGGCUCCCAGCUGCUGCUCAACUGGUGCGUCCAAAUCGCCAAGGGGAUGAUGUACCUGGAGGAGCGGAGGCUGGUCCACCGGGACCUGGCCGCCCGCAACGUGCUGGUGAAGUCGCCCAAUCACAUCAAGAUCACCGACUUCGGCCUGGCGCGGCUGCUGGACGCCGACGAGAAGGAGUACAGCGCAGACGGGGGCAAGAUGCCCAUUAAGUGGAUGGCUCUGGAGUGUAUUCACUACAGGAAGUUCACCCAUCAGAGUGACGUGUGGAGUUAUGGCGUGACCAUCUGGGAGCUGAUGACAUUUGGCGGCAAACCGUACGACGGCAUCCCCACGAGAGAAAUCCCCGACAUCCUGGAGAAGGGGGAGCGCCUGCCGCAGCCGCCCAUCUGCACCAUCGACGUCUACAUGGUCAUGGUCAAAUGCUGGAUGAUCGAUGCAGACAGCCGGCCCAAGUUCAAAGAGCUGGCUGCAGAGUUCUGCAGGAUGGCCCGUGACCCCCAGCGGUACCUGGUCAUCCAGGGAGACGACCGGAUGAAGCUGCCCAGCCCCAACGACAGCAAGUUCUUCCAGAGCCUCCUGGACGAGGAGGAUCUGAACGACCUGGUGGACGCUGAGGAGUACCUGGUGCCUCGAGGCUUCAACAUGGCUCCUCAGGCGUAUAACACCCGGCCCCGGGUUGACUCCAACAGAAACCAGUUUGGCUAUCGAGACGGCGGCCCGAUCCCCGCAGAGGGCCCGGUGGUUGGUGCCGGAGCCGGUGUGAACCAGGAGGCGGCCGGUGGCUCGGCUUCAGCCCUGGAGGACCAGCGCUGUAACGGGAGUCUGCAUAAAAAGAGCCUGAACCAGACCGGGGGCGAGGACAGCGGCGGCCAGAGGUACAGCGCUGACCCCACCAUCUUCCUCGGGGAGAGGACGUCCAGAGGGGACACGGACGAGGACGGAUACAUGACGCCGAUGAAGGACAAGAGCUCCUCAGAAUACCUGAAUCCGAUCGAGGAGAACCCGUUUGUCUCGCGGCGUAAAAACGGCGAGAUCCACGCCCUGGACAACCCGGGCUACCACAGCACACCCAACAGUCAGCCUACAGGAGAGGACGAGUACAUUAACGAGCCGCUCUACCUGAACACCUUCCCCAGCCCGGCCGAGCUGGGCCUGGAAGCUCUGAGGAGAAACGGCCUCCCUCUCCCCAACAUGCCUCCGUCCAUCUCAGCCACCACCUCCGGCUCCCACCUGCCCCUCACCAUCCAGACCAGCCUGCCGCACUACCCCCUCCCCUCGGCUCAGCCCUCUCCAUCUGGCUUGACUUGCCUCCACGGCCCACCGGCCCACAUCCUCCACGCCCACCACACCGUCAAACCUGCGGGACAACCUGGUGGCGUCUCCGCCGCUCCGAGCCAAACGGGAGCGUCUGCCCAGUCCCAGCUGUGCCAGUCGAUCUCCCUGUCCACCGCGGCCACGCUCGGGCACGGCAGCCUGCCGGCGUACCAGGGCCACGGAGCCACGCACCCGUCCAGCAUGCUGAAGCACGGAGGACACGUGUCAGCAGGUAAGACCAGCGGGAAGAAGCUCAAGGUGACCUUUGACAAUCCAGAAUACUGGCAGCACAGCUUGCCUCCCAAACCCUCGAGCCAGGCCGGCCCUGACGGCGCCCAGGGGGGUUCCACCAACGCCAAACUCUUCUACAAGCAGAACGGACACAUACGACCGGUGGUGGCGGAGAACCCUGAAUACAUGACGGAGUUCUCCCUGAAGGCGGGCACCGUCCUGCCCCCUCCUCCGUACCGACAGCGGAACACCGUGGUCUAGAUCGAUUCCCCCCGUGAUGAACCUCUGUUCCUAAAUCUGUCUCCAGCCUCCAACAACCCCGACAUCCUCUCCGGCUCCACCGGCUCCACCGGCUCCACCGUCCCACUCAGAGCGGAGCGCAACCAGAGCCGCCGCCCGACUCCUUUCAAACAGAGCCAUCUGCCGUCGACUGUAGCACCAUCAGGAGGAGGUGGAACCGAGCAGACCCAACCCACACGGCUUCACCAGAUCCAGUCCAUUUCCGUUCUGUAGAUAGAGACUCCGAGUCCCCGAGGACGUGAGGGUGAAUCCCGGGCACGUGGCUGCCACACGGCGGCGGAGCUAACCAUCGUGUCGUCCUGGAUUCAACCGCGGACCUGAACUCACUGCCAGCCACUGUGGUGUCCCACUCAUCACAGGAAACAGACGGUUUCCUGUUUCCUGUUCACCGGUGUAAAGAUCUGAGGCCGAACCUCGUUCUGUUCCGUUCUCUGUCACACGUCUGCUUCUGGUUGAGUGAACGAAAACAAACGACUCCGGGAAGCAUCAAUGACUUUUUGCAGCUAACACUGUUGGUUCUUGAAUUUAGCAUCAGAACUCACCUGGUGGUUCUACUGUAACUGUGAUUCUGUGACGGCCGACACAACAGUGAUCUCCCCUCCCGUGUUCAUGACGUGUAACGUGCCCGAAAUAACCAACGCAGGCCGAACCAUCUCCGCUCGACUGGGAGAACCGACCAGAAACAGCUUCCCAGUGGCAAAGGCUGGGAGGGGGGAGAUACUCUGUAAACAUGGUCUAUGUACACCGGUUGC